UUUUCUUCCUCUCCUCUGCCUCUUAAUUUGCGAUUGCUCAAGCUGCUGCUAUCGAUAUCCCUUGCGUCUUCAACUGGAGUAACUUGAUCGAACUAUCGUUGGUAGCUGCUGCUAGUGGCAAUCAAUUUCGUUUGGAAGGUUUUGUGCGAACAUUCUAGCUAGCUAGCUACUACCCACCAUCUUUCUCCUAGAGCUCCUCGGGAUUCGAUUUUUACCCGAUUAUCCAUUCGAUCAUCAUUCAGCGGUACCGUUACGAAUGAAACAGCCCUGAGCAACAAUUGAAUUGAAUCAACCGUUGGUGCUGUUGUGUUACUGCUGUUGCUGCGACGAGCUAAGAGAAGAAAAGACGAUAAAGGCAUCAUCAGUACGGUAGAAACCAAGGAAGAGGUGCGAGUGAGGAAACGGCGAAAACGAAAAUGGAAGCCACCGGCAGUCCCGCAACCUCGGGACUAACGGCCAAUUCUGAUCCCGCAACACAUCGAACCAAUGCCGACCAGGUCGAGGUCGAGCAGGUCGUGCAGCAUGGAACAAACGACACACAAAAUCCUGCUGCUAGUACAAGCACAAGUACAAGUACAAGUACAAGCACAAGUACGAACAGCCACAGCCACACUCACAAGAGCCCAGAAGUGGCAUCUGAUCCCAGCCACGCAACAGCUGAUCCUAACGGGAUGUCCAACAACCACGAAAACAAUGAAUCGAGCGCUGGCAAAAGCAACGGACACGACAAUUUCCUACAGUCGCUAGAUCCUACGGCUCCCACAGUACCUAGCGUCUCUUCGGAAACCGCCGUUGCCUACCCUCAAAAUACGGGCGAACCGGCCAACGAUAAUGGUCGCGAUAGCCACGCCAGUACCAACGACUUUGACGAAGAUUUGGACGGAGCUCUGUCGGAUAUUCUGGAUCAACCCGACGAAAAAUCGGAAGUAUUUGAGAGGUUGUAUCGCAACGAAAAGAGGUCCGAUAAAGUAUGGAAAGCACCCCCCAAAUACGAAUUUCCAAAAAGCCCCGUUAGGGAAGCAGACCAAGCAAUCCCCGAAAUAUUCGCAAAGCUACAUCACAAUGAAAAGCGCGAUGAAGCUGUCUGGCAGGAACCGAGACGGUUUGAUCGAUCCAAGAGUCCUGCUAGGCUACCUACCACCGCACAAACGGAACCUAUUCCAGCUAUCUUUGAACAGCUUCACAAAAACAAAAAGCGAAACCAAACCCUAUGGCAAGAACCUGCCAAAUUUGAGGGAUCCAAAAGCCCAAGAAUAAACAGAGCCACUGUCAACGCAGAACCCAUACCAGCCAUUUUUGAAAAAUUACACAACAAUGAAAAACGAUCCGAACCAGUGUGGCAUCAACCGGACAGAUUCGAUCCUUCCAGAAGUCCAGCCAGGCUACCACCUUCCAUUCUCAAUGCGGAGCAGGUUCCAGAAAUCUUUGAUCAGUUGCACCACAAUGAGAGGCGCCAUGAACCAGUUUGGCAAGAGCCUGCAAGAUAUGAUCCACACAGAGACACGGGCAUACAGCAUUCCACAGAGCCAGUCCCAGCCAUUUUUGAUCACCUCUACCAUAACGAAAAGCGCUCUGAGCAGGUAUGGCACGAACCUGCCCAGUUUCAUCCAAACAAGGUUUCUCCCACUUCCAAUGGCAGCAAUUUGCAUCAGGUUGAGAGGCAACAUUCAUCGACUACCGAAACUGAUGCUCAAACUGGGAAUCAAAACACCAUGCUUUAUCCACACAAUGCACCACACAGGGACUUCCAAUAUGGGAAUGCCAAAGAACAAGCAAUGCUACCUCCCACACAACUCUCCAGGCAAGAAACACCUGCUGCCAAAGACCUGGAUCCACUGACAAAGAAAGCAUCAGCUGCUCCCACAGACAGUGCUGUCAUUGAAGAGGGAGAAGAUGAGGAGGAGGAGGCUUCCAAAUCAGGGGAUGCACCGGGGGAGCCAAAGGACUCUCUGCUGGAUGAUGAUGACAACGAAGCAGAGGCACAACUUCGAUCAAUGGCAAUGCGAUACACCGGGGGAGCCAAAGGACUCUCUGAUGGAUGA